AUGUUCCAUUUUUGCUCGGAAGUUCAGAUAGUUGAAAAGAAUCCAGAAGCAGCAAUAGUUUUAUUUUGGAAGGCUAUAAAUGCAGGAGAUAGAGUGGACAGUGCCCUUAAAGACAUGGCUGUGGUAAUGAAGCAAUUGGAUAGGACUGAAGAGGCCAUUGAAGCUAUCAAGUCUUUUAGGGGCCUCUGCCCUAAACAAGCUCAAGAAUCACUUGAUAAUCUCCUCAUUGACUUAUACAAGGGGAACUUGGGGUGGGCCUACAUUCAGAAAGCAAACUUCUUGGCAGCAGAGGUGGUGUAUCGAAAAGCCCAAAUGAUUUAUCCUGAUGCAAACAAGGCCUGUAACCUGGGCCUUUGCCUAAUGAAACAGGCCCGGCACGAAGAGGCACGUUCAGUUCUUGAACAAGUAUUGCAAGGUAAACUUCCAGGAGCCGGUGAUAUCAAGUCAAGAAACCGAGCUGAGGACUUGUGGAGAGAACUGGGGUCAUGGGAACCUCCACCUCUAUCCUCGAAUCCUCCGAGCCUCGGUCUGGAAGACGAUGAUUUUGCUGAUGGGCUUGAGAGAUUGAUAAACGAAUGGGCCCCCAAUAGAUCUGGAAGGCUUCCCAUCUUUGAAGAGAUCUCUAGAUUUAGAGACCAGUUGGACUGUUAAAUCCAUUUUUUUUUAAGUUAUAGCUGUUUAUCAGUUGGGUUGUAGAGUUUGUGAAUUUGGGUAGGAGGUUGGGAUUGAAAAAAUAGAUUAUUCAUAUUAGAUUUGCAAAAAUAAAGGGCUUGUUGCAAGUACAUGGGAUUUCGGACUUCUUGGGUAAGCACUCGAUUCCCUAAGGUAUUAUGUGUUCGUCUUCAUGAUCGAUAUCAGUUUUGUUUUAACUACUUGUCUUUUAAAUGUACUAGUUUAUGCACACGUACGUUAUACGUGGAUCAAUUUGACUUGCAAUUUUAGGUU